CUCGAUGAUUUAACACACCCCCGCCCGUUCUCUCCCUUCGUUUUCUCUCUUACUUUCGUCUAUCUUUUUGUUGUGCUGCACUCAUCACCGUUCGAUACUCUAACCCGGGAUCCAUCCCAUCCGUAUAUCUUUCCCAUCUUGCUGAUUCGGAGCUCGGUAGGUGAGGUUCAUUAGAUUGCACCUUAGACGUUCGGGAUUCCACAAUCUCGAUGGAGAAUCGGAGCUUCCGCCAGGCGAUGAGCUUCAGCAUACCGGAUCUGGCUCUCGAGUGCGUGAUGGCGUACAUCGACGAUCCCCACGACCGCAACGCAGUUUCUCUGGUGUGCCGGAAGUGGUACAACAUCGACUCCCUGACGCGGAAGCACAUCACAAUCGCUCUCUGCUACACAACUACACCCGUCCGCCUGCGGAUGCGGUUCCCACACCUCGAAUCGUUGAAAUUGAAAGGGAAGCCACGGGCCGCAAUGUUCAAUUUCGGCAUCGUAGCUGAGGAUUGGGGAGGGUAUGUCGGGCCCUGGAUCAAUGAGAUCUCAGAAGCUUUCAAUUGCCUCAAAUCACUCGAUUUCAGGCGGAUGAUUGUGCGGGAUGCUGAUCUCAGUCUGCUGGUCCGUUCACAUGGGCAUACGCUGCAGGUGCUUAAGCUGGAUAAGUGUUCUGGGUUCUCGACGGACGGAUUAUUGCAGGUCACCAGAUCUUGCAGAUGCCUAAGAACCUUGUUUUUAGAAGAGAGCUCUAUCGUUGAGAAAGAUGGUGACUGGCUCCACGAACUCGCUGUAAACAACAGAGUCCUAGAGAAUUUGAAUUUUUAUAUGACAGAGCUCAAAUUCAUUAACAUCACAGACCUUGAACUGAUAGCCAAGAGCUGUAAUUCUUUACUUUCUUUGAAAAUCAGUGAUUGUGAAAUCUUCGAUCUAGCUGGUUUUUUUCGUGAAGCAUCAAAUUUAGAAGAAUUUGUUGGAGGUUCAUUCAACAACAAUGAGGCAGUAGGAGAUAUAAUCGACAAGUAUUCGAGCAUGUCAUUUCCUCCAAACAUACGUUGUGUGGGUCUAAACUACAUGGGGAAGAAUGAAAUGCCUAUGUUGUUUCCACGUGCGGCUUUAAUUAAGAAGCUGGACCUUCAAUAUACAUUGCUUGAUACAGAUGAUCAUUGCCAGCUGAUUCAACGAUGCCCUAAUUUGGAAGUUCUUGAAGUGAGGAAUGCGAUUGGAGACCGCGGAUUAGAAAUUGUUGCUCGCAGCUGUAAUAAACUUCGGAGGCUUAGGAUUGAGAAUGGGGAGGAUGAAGAAGGUGUGGUGUCGCAAAGGGGAAUAGCUGCAGUUGCACAAGGCUGUCUGGAGCUGGAAUAUCUCGCUGUCUAUGUAUCCAAUAUCACGAAUGCUGCCUUGGAAUGUUUUGGCAGUUUCAGUCAAAACCUCACUGAUUUUCGAUUGGCGUUGCUGGAGAAGGAAGGAAUAAUAUCGGAGCUACCACUCGAUAAAGGGGUCCGUGCUCUGUUAAUGGGUUGCCAGAAGCUUAGGAGGUUCGCCGUCGGUCUACCACAAGGGGUUCUGACAGACGUUGGUCUUGGUUAUAUCGGCAAGUACGGCAACAACAUCAGGUGGUUGCUGUUGGCUUCUGUGGGAGAUUCUGACGCUGGGCUUCUGGAAUUAUCGAAGGGAUGUCCAAAGCUGGAGAAGCUCGAGAUGAGUAGCUGUUGGUUCAGCGAGCGGGCGCUGGCCCUGGCCGUGGUGCAGCUGAAGUCCCUGAGGUACAUAUGGGUGGAAGGAUAUAGAGCAUCCAAAACAGGCGGUGAUCUUUUGGCCAUGACUCGUCCGUGCUGGAAUAUAGAAUUAAUUCGCCAGCGACAGUGGGGUAGGCUUGCAGAGCAGCCAGCUCAGAUACUUGCUUACGAAUCGGGAUUCCUUGCUUACUAUUCCCUUGCAGAGCGAAGGACGGAUUACCCUGAAACGGUCGUUCCUCUUUACCCAUCUUUCUUAGAUGCUUGAGUCUACAUACACACACACACACUCUCUCUCUCGUUGAGAAAUGAGUUGGCAUGAACACGCACAGAUACUAGGAGUCAUUGCAGGAAGGGUAUGGAUAGGAUUUGUCGCUGUUGUAGCUUAGAUUUUCACCGUUUCUAGAUUGUUGUUGUACCUGUAGCUUUGGGAUUUCCUACUACGUUUCUACUUUAAGAACAGGCCAUAUGUAAUGGGGUUCUGUCUUACAGCCCCCUUUUAUUAAUAAUACUCCACGUUU